CAAUGACAGGCGGCGGGCGGUGACUGCCGCGCGGCCUGCAGAGACUGCCCGCCCGGCUCGCCGGAGCUCGCCCGCUGUCCGCCUGCCCGCUGGAGGGAGGAGAGAAGUGGAGCGCUUCCGCCGUUGGCUACUCAGUGUCUUGGUCUCAACUUGCCUCUUUGCGUCCGGCGUUCCUAAUACAGACGCAUCGUUUCUUUUUUAAUACUUGCUAAGACACAGAAUAACCUUCAAGCUGGCGGGACCAAUGGUUCACAUAAAGAAAGGCGAGCUGGCCCAGGAGGAGAAGGAGCUGCUGGAAGUCAUCGGGAAAGGUACUGUACAAGAAGCUGGAACAUUAUUAUCCAGCAAGAAUGUUCGUGUCAACUGUUUGGACGAGAAUGGAAUGACUCCUCUAAUGCAUGCAGCAUAUAAAGGAAAACUCGAUAUGUGCAAAUUACUACUGCGACAUGGAGCCGACGUAAAUUGUCAUCAGCAUGAACAUGGAUACACAGCUCUCAUGUUUGCUGCACUUUCUGGUAAUAAAGACAUCACAUGGGUAAUGUUGGAAGCUGGUGCAGACACAGAUGUUGUCAACUCCGUGGGAAGAACAGCAGCUCAGAUGGCAGCCUUUGUGGGUCAACAUGAUUGUGUGACCAUAAUCAACAAUUUCUUUCCUCGAGAGAGACUGGAUUACUACACUAAGCCCCAGGGACUGGAUAAAGAGCCAAAACUGCCCCCAAAGUUGGCAGGCCCGCUGCACAAAAUUAUCACCACAACGAAUCUUCACCCUGUCAAGAUCGUGAUGCUUAUAAAUGAGAAUCCUCUGCUGACAGAAGAAGCAGCCCUUAAUAAAUGCUACAGAGUGAUGGAUUUGAUUUGUGAGAAAUGUAUGAAGCAAAGAGACAUGAAUGAAGUAUUGGCUAUGAAAAUGCAUUACAUAAGCUGUAUCUUUCAGAAAUGCAUUAACUUCUUAAAAGGUGGAGAGAAUAAACUGGACACCUUGAUCAAAAGCUUGUUAAAAGGCCGAGCUUCUGAUGGCUUUCCAGUAUAUCAAGAAAAGACCAUUCGAGAAAGUAUCAGAAAAUUUCCUUACUGCGAAGCUACACUCCUCCAGCAGCUGGUUCGAAGCAUUGCCCCUGUUGAAAUUGGUUCUGAUCCCACUGCAUUCUCCGUCCUUACCCAAGCCAUCACUGGCCAGGUGGGUUUUGUGGAUGUGGAAUUUUGUACCACCUGUGGAGAAAAGGGAGCAAGUAAACGAUGUUCAGUUUGCAAAAUGGUAAUAUAUUGUGAUCAAACCUGCCAGAAAAUACACUGGUUUACUCAUAAGAAAAUCUGUAAGAAUCUGAAGGACAUUUACAAGAAGCAACAAUUAGAGGCUGCCAAAGAAAAGAGACGAGAGGAGAACCACCACAAACUUGAUGUCAAUUCUAACUGUGUUAAUGAAGAGCAACCAGAGAAUGAAGUGGAUAUCCCCCAAAAGGAUUCCAAUCCUAAAGAUUCCGGGGAAGAAGAGAAAGAAUCUCUUGAAAGUGAGGCUGGUUUGGAAGGCUUACGGGAUGCUCCUGCAGGUCCACAGGUGUCCGAGGAGUAAAAGCCAGAGCAAGUGCCAGUGUGGAUGGUCCUCACCCUGCAGGGAGCUGGACUCAUGGGAAUGCGUCCUCGCCUCCUUAUACCUGCAUGUCACCCUGGCAGGAUUCUGCAUUUCAUAGAAUAGAGGUUUUCAAGCAAAGCCCUCUUGGCCAUGCCCUAAUUUCCUAUUGAUUUCUGUUCUAUAAUUGAAUGGAUAUUCCUAUGGAAAAUUUUUUGUUUCAAAAUACAGGAAAAACAUUCCUGUUACCUUUCUGAGGCUGACUUUCCAGCAAUUGUUUCAAAGGAAAAUAGAUCCCCUUAAAGAAAAAAUAAUAGGCUUUAGAGAACAAAGUGACAAACAGAGCAGGUGUGGAAGAGAGAUUUUCAGGAAAGAAAAAAAUUAUAGCUACACAGAUGGGCAGUUAGAGAAAUCAUAACUUAUAGGUGAAUGAAAUACAUAUAAACAACAUUUACUGUAGUGACAUUCUACUUACUAAAAUGCAAUGAAAUGAAGAAAAGCUAUAUGUUCAAGGACCUUUGCCAUAGUUCCGCUAAUUGUAGUUUUAUAUAGAAAUGAUCCUGAACAGUCUGAACUGUAGUGAUGUUCUGUCUGCAGUCUUUGUACGUCCGGGAUGGCAGAACCCUCAGCAGGAACAAAGGCAUAUUGACGGUUCUCUCAGCACGUGCAUUAAAAAAGGUACUUCCUGAAACUUUUGAUUAAAUAAUGGCUAAACAUACUAUGUACACAAUUAUUGUAAGGCUAAUUCACGUGCCAUACUCCACCUGAAAAACUGACUUGUUUUGCUAUAAGCUUUUCAUCGAGCACUUCCUUUCCAGAAACUGAUUUGUAACUGUCAUUUAGAGAAUGUCCUGGCAUCAGUUUUUAGCAUAUGUGGUAUUUAAACAGAGCUAGAGUGUGAUGUCUGAAGAUAGUGCUGCGUUUCUAAGUUUCUUGUGUGGAUUUUAAAAUAAAUUGUGCCUACAAAUAUAAACAA